UCCUAGCGGGCGCGAAUGGGACAAACGGCAACCUGAUAAAAAAGAGGGCGCGUGCCACUGACGUGCUGCACUGAAAACAGGAGACAGCGCGAGCGCAGUUGUGUGUGUGUGUGUGUGUGUCAGAGCAGGAGCCAGCGCGCGAGAAAGCGGACGGAGCCGCGACUGAGUGCCGAGGCUGACCAGUGCUGAAGAAGCAGGAAAGCUGAGUUUUUUUGGAGAGUGCAUCAGAGACGGCGCGUGUGUGUGUGUGGGGGUGUACGUGUGUCAGUGUGUGGGUGUGCGUGCGUGUGUGUGUGUGUGAGAGUAUCUCUCAGGAUGAAGAAAAGCAGGAGCACACAGGGGGUUACACUGGCUGAUGAGAAUAAGGAGGCUCCCGUGGAACUGUUUGCCACAGCCAACACUCUUGGAGUAGAGGCGUACCGAGUCCACAGGCGCUUUUCUGGCAAUCUGCAGCUGCCCCCGUUGUCAUGGCGACAAGCAGAAAAGGAGAGGGACAGGGGCAGGCCACUCUCACCCGAAGAGAAUCCAGUGACCCGGACCAGACCCACAAGUCUGCCCAUCGCCACCCUGCCCCGCAUCGACAUCACACAGGCUGAUCCAGACAGCUUCGAAGUGGACAAUGGUCCACAAUUGCUGUGCUGUAGUCCGUCAGACCCACAGGCUUCACCGGGUUCAGGUCUGGCCCUACACCCCCAUACUCAGCGCAGAGAGUCCUUCCUUUACCGCUCUGACAGCGACUACGAUCUGUCACCGAAGUCCCUGUCACGCAACUCAUCUAUUGUUGGAGAACUGCACGGAGAGGACUUGAUUGUGACUCCCUUUGCUCAGGUUCUAGCAAGCCUUCGGACCGUAAGGAACAACUUCACCACCUUGACAAAUGUGCAAUGUGCAUCUCAUAAGAGGUCUCCUGCUGCAUAUCAGCCCUCUGUCACCAAAGUCUGUCUAUCAGAUGAGUCCUACCAGAAGUUGGCCAUGGAGACCAUGGAGGAGCUGGACUGGUGUCUGGACCAGUUGGAGACCAUCCAGACCUACCACUCUGUCAGUGACAUGGCUUCAAACAAGUUCAAGAGGAUGCUGAAUCGGGAGCUAAGCCAUCUGUCUGAGAUGAGUCGCUCAGGCAACCAAGUGUCUGAGUACAUCUCCAACACCUUCCUAGACAAACAAAAUGAGUUGGAGCUUCCAUGCCCAGUUCCAAAGUCCAGGGAAAGGAAGAGGAGGCAGGGCCAGCAGCAGCAGCAUGGUGGGAUGAUGAGUCAGAUCAGCGGGGUGAGGAAGGUCAGCCACACGCCCAGCAUCACCGGGAGCAGUGGCAACCGCUUUGGGGUCAAGACGGACCAGGAGGAGCUGUUGUCAAAGGACCUGGAACACAUCAACAAAUGGGGACUGAAUAUCUUCAGAGUGGCCGAGCACUCCCACAACCGACCGCUCACAUGUAUCAUGUACACAAUCUUCCAGGAGCGAGACCUGAUGAGGACGUUCAAGAUUCCAACCGACACCUUUGUGACGUUCAUGCUGACCCUGGAGGGCCACUACCACUCUGACGUGGCGUACCACAACAGCCUGCACGCCGCCGACGUAGCCCAGUCCACACACAUCCUCCUGUCCACACCUGCGCUGGAUGCGGUCUUCACUGACUUGGAGAUCCUGGCAGCCGUAUUUGCUGCAGCCAUCCAUGACGUGGACCACCCAGGUGUGUCCAACCAGUUCCUCAUCAACACCAACUCUGAGCUGGCUCUGAUGUACAAUGAUGAGUCAGUGCUGGAGAACCACCACUUGGCUGUGGGCUUCAAGCUGCUGCAGGAAGACAACUGCGACAUCUUCCAAAACCUCACAAAGAAGCAGCGGCAGUCACUGCGGAGAAUGGUCAUAGACAUGGUUUUGGCGACUGACAUGUCCAAACACAUGAGUCUGUUGGCCAAUCUGAAGACAAUGGUGGAAACCAAGAAGGUGACCAGCUCUGGAGUCCUGCUGCUGGACAACUACACAGACAGAAUGCAGGUUUUGCGAAACAUGGUUCACUGUGCAGACCUCAGCAACCCCACCAAACCUCUGGAUCUGUACCGGCAGUGGACGGACAGGAUCAUGGAUGAGUUCUUCCACCAGGGAGACAGAGAGAGGGAACGGGGAAUGGAGAUCAGCCCCAUGUGUGACAAACACACAGCUUCAGUAGAGAGAACACAGGUUGGCUUCAUUGACUACAUCGUCCACCCGCUGUGGGAGACGUGGGCUGACCUGGUGCACCCUGAUGCCCAGGACAUCCUCGACACACUUGAGGACAACAGGAACUGGUACCAGAGUAUGAUCCCACAAAGCCCCUCUUCUCCCUUCUACGCUAGUGUCAGAGAAGGAGGCCCACAGGAGGAGGUGGAGGGCGGACCUGGGAUGAGCAAAUUUCAGUUUGAAGUGACGCUGGAUGAGCAGGACACAGAGGAAGGAGAUAAUGAGGGAGGGAUGAUGGAGACGACGGAUGGAUUUGAUGUUCUGACACUCCAAAAUCUUCCCUCUGACCAGGACGGGACUGAAACAACAACGCGCGACGUCUCCCCGGCGGAAACAUAGCCGAACUGAUUGCGUUUAGAGAGUGCAGCAUGUUUUGUGCUGUUUUUUGGCUUCCAUUUUAUUGCAGUGGAGGAAUCCUGCAAUCUGGCUCUUUGGAGCCGUCUGGUUAAGAGGGCCUAACUAAAUGUGGGUCGCCUCAGCAAGCAAGGCUGGGAAACCCUGGGGCAGUUUGAUUUUUAAGCCCUCGAAGGGAGCAGAAAGAGUGUAGCCUCUGUCGUUUAAAGAAGGGACUACCGUGCGACCGUCAGCGGCAGGACGGAAUCUUGGUCCUCGCGGUCAAAUGACGUGACACAGCUGAUAAGAAUCAGUGUACUAGGACAAGCGAGAUGUUCAAAACUUGCACUUCAGGACACUUUUUAUCUUCAGUUGUUGUAUCGUGUUGGGGUUGGAUUCCACCUGGUUAAGUGUGUCCAACCAAAACUACUGGUCAACAAGAUAUUUGUAUUCAAUACGUUUUUUUUUCUAACACGUCGAAAGAAAAGUUGUGUGCCUUUUUUUUUUUUGUCCCUUGUGUUUUUAUAAUUUAUUGAACACAUUCAUGUAGUUGUGAAAUGUGUCCAAUUUUCUACAGAGAGGACAUUUUUGUCUCACACAGUCUUCCUAAUGUUCUGGCAAUAGUAUAAGCUUGUUCUCACAAAGGAGUUCAGUGGAGGUAUUUCAAUAAUCAGUUCACUUCCUGGCACAGUUUGCACUUUGUGGCAUAUGGGGUGGGGGGGGUGGGGGGGGGCAUCAGUCAUUUACAGAAUCAACUGGUUUAUCCAGCUUUGUUUUUCAAUAAGUCAUUACACGAGUAUUUAAAUAGCUUAUGUAACAGAUUAUUUGAACGUGGAAAUAAAAAAACGUUCUGUGUAGUUUUUGGUCCAAAAACAAAGAAAAUUCCAAAGAUUCUGUACAGAAAGCACUUUGAUAAAUUCACUGCCACUUCUAAAAUGCUGUAGAUGGUCUCGAGUCAAAACGUCCAACUUCCGAGCCAAACUGAUCCGUCACGUUAUCCCGUGGCCAAACCAAACCAUAAGACAAGUGACGGUAAAUUGCCGAGCGAAAUUGACCACAAAUAAUCAAAUAAAAAUAUCAAUUUCACGCCAGUCAGGCAGAACUGACGAGUUCUAUCGUCUCUAAGAAACUCAAACAAAGCCCAGUUCCCUAAAAAUGUCAUCACGUCGUAUUGUGCAUACAAACACCUGUUGUGGUUUCCUGAUGUUACAUCCUGGAGAAUACGCUUCACACCAUUUUUUUGAACUUUUGAAUGACUGUACGACUGUGCGCGCACAAUUUAAAGAGACACCGAUCAGUGAUAAACUUCUAUCUCGUAGUUUAUUAUUCCAGCACUUUGAAUAUGUCGGCAGGUUCGCAGCUGGUUGCCGAUCUGUCUGUCAACACUACCUUAAAGGUACCACAUUGUGAGGGUGCAGCCCCUUCAGACUAAGGGGGCGUGUGUGUAUGUGUGUGUGUGCAUGCAUGUGUGUAUGUGAGUGGUUACACAGUAGCACAAUCUUGUUGCACCAAGCUGUGUUUUUGUGCUUUUCUUUAUUUUUUUUUGUAAGAGUGUAUUUAUUAUCUUUUCCUUGUACAUGACAAUAUUGACAUUGAGGUUGAUACCGAUUGAUAAUAUUCACUGUAUAUUUGUUUAUUAUUUAUAUUAUGCACUGCCGUGUGUUUGAACGAACUCGUCCGGCGGUUCUAAAUCCUUGUUCUUGAUCGAGGUUAUCGCUGUUCAGUUUCAUCGCAGUCGAAUGACGUUCGGUUUGAAGAUUUCAGCCAGAAACGUUUGUACAGUCUGAACCAACAACACCUCACACGAGGUGCCGAAGAUGCUUCUUUUUUUUCUUUUUUUUUUUGUUUCUGGCAGAUUAUGAACUCUGGAUAUUUACUGCAGUAUAUUGUGUACGGUGACGGGUCAUUGUACAGCUUUAGGAAUAUUUGCUGAAAUAUCUGACAUUGUUUCAAAUGUAUUUUUUCAGUGUUUUUCCUCACAAUAUAUGGUCAAUCGGUGUAUGUUGUGCUCAGCAAAUGUUUUCUAUCAGAUUAUUAAAAUGGGCAUGUAUUACAGAA